GUUUUGCAUGGAGCAGGCAGGGAUCUGAGCAGAGUUUUGCAUGGAGCAGGCAGGGAUCUGUGCACUGUGUUUUAUGGCUCAGACUCUCUCAAGCAGAAUCGGCUUGGUCUUGUUGUCACUCUGCAGCUGCUGUGGGCACAUCUGAAUAUGGCUGGUGGCAGUAUGAUGAAGAAGCCAGAUCUAAAAGUGGUCCUUCUGGGAGACAUGAAUGUGGGGAAGACGUCACUGCUGCACAGAUACAUGGAGAGGCGGUUUCAAGACACAGUCAGCACUGUUGGGGGAGCCUUUUACCUUAAACAGUGGGGACCCUACAACAUAUCCAUCUGGGAUACUGCAGGAAGAGAACAGUUUCAUGGCCUGGGCUCUAUGUACUGCAGAUCAGCCUCUGCCAUUAUCCUAACCUAUGAUGUUAGCAAUAUGCAGAGCCUCCUGGAGCUUGAAGACCGCUUCUUAGGCCUCACCGAUACUGCCAGUGACGAUUGCCUCUUUGCUGUGGUGGGAAAUAAAGUUGACCUGACUGAUGACUAUGAAGGAGACCGAGAAUUUGAGGAGGAAAGACCUCGCACCUGUAGUACCUCCAAAGUUCGUAAACAGGUCCAGUCAGAAGAUGCCAUUGGCCUUUACAAACGCAUAAUGAAGUACAGGAUGGUGGAUGAAAACCAUGCACCAGCUGCAGAGAAGAUGUGUUUUGAAACCAGUGCAAAGACUGGACACAAUGUGGAUGUGCUAUUUGAGAGUGUUUUCAACAUGGUCAUACCAUUGAUUGUGAAGAAGAAAGCCAAUGGACCAGAGGACACGGUCAACCUUGCACAGAGUAGUAAGAAACAAACAAAGUCUGGCUGUUGUUAACCAUUUAUAUCACAGGCUACCGAGCAAAGCCUGUUGAUGGAAUAGAUGCAAGCACAAUUAU